AUGGGUGUCUUCACAUACGAAACAGAGUUCACCUCUGUCAUCCCACCAGAGAAGUUGUUCAAGGCUUUCAUCCUCGAUGCCGACAACCUCAUCCCCAAGGUUGCUCCAACAGCAGUGAAAGGUACCGAGAUCCUUGAAGGAGAUGGAGGAGUUGGAACCAUCAAGAAGGUCACCUUUGGUGAAGGAAGCCAAUAUGCGUAUGUGAAGCACAGGGUCGAUGGGAUUGACAAAGACAACCUUUCAUACAGUUACACUUUGAUUGAAGGAGAUGCCUUGUCUGACGUAAUCGAGAAGAUCGCUUAUGAUAUCAAGUUGGUGGCAUCCCCCAACGGAGGAUCCAUCGUCAAGACCAUCAGCCACUACCAUACCAAGGGAGAUGUUGAGAUCAAGGAAGAGCAAGUCAAGGCUGGCAAAGAGAAGGCAGCCGGUCUCUUCAAGCUUGUUGAAGCCUACCUCUUGGCCAACCCCGAUGCCUACAACUAA